AAAAAUGACGCGCGGUCUAGUUUGAUAAGAUAAAGCAACGGUAGCUGUGUAGGGCGCCUGACCUUAAUGAAUAACCAGAGUAAUUGGGUUCGAUGGGUUUUUUGUAAAUCUGUGUCAAGUAUGCUAGUUGGCAUGACUAAUGUAUACUGUGAAUUCAACCUCUCUUUGUUAUUUCACGUUAAGUUGAUACGGUCGGCUUCCUGAAUGUUUGUGAAUUUAACGAUAAACAAAGUGACGUAGUGCAAUUAUAAUUUUUACAACAUUGAUAAGAUGUGUAAUUUUCGUUAUUGCGAAUAUCUGAGUAUCGAGAAUGACGAACUAUUUUCAAUUUUACGCAAAUUAAAUUUUCUGUGAUAUUCAACACAAUGGAAAAAUUACAAUCUUGCGUUAUGAGUAGCACGCACCGUGACAGUGGUAGAACUAUGUAGUUUAAUUGUUCGAUUUCUACAACUAUGGGUGAAAAAAGUUGUACUAAUCUGGACAGUAGUAUGCCUAUGCUUGUGCGAAAACAAAUUGAAGAUUGCGAUGAAAAAGUGGCGGACAAGGAAAUGCCCAAAAAAGAUACCAAUAUAAAACGAGGAAAGAAUGCGCAAGCAAUGGAGGAGUAUGAACUAGUACCGCCAGAUGGAAGAUGGGGUUGGAUUGUUUUGUUUGGAGCAACUCUAGUUAAUCUCUUGGUACCGGGCACAGUUAAAUCAUUUGGCGUACUUUUUGUUGAAUUUUUGGAGGUGUUCAACGCAUCACCCAUCUCGGCAGCAUGGAUUCCAGCACUUUGUUACUUUCUGUACAGUUCUUUGGGACCAUUGUCCAGCAUACUUUCCUUGAAAUAUUCGUAUCGUACCGUCACAAUCAUGGGUGGCACCUCGGCUGCGCUUGGAAUGAUAUUAAGUUAUUUUGCUGAAUCAGUUACAUACCUAUAUUUUAGUUAUGGAAUUCUGGUGGGAAUAGGAGCAGGGUUGGCCUUUCCGCCGACAGUAUACAUCGUAACGAGUUAUUUUGUAAAACUUCGAGGUGUUGCUAAUGGCAUUUGCAUUUCGGGUUCUGCAAUUGGUUCAAUAAUUUUGCCACCUCUGCUUCGGUUUCUUCUUGAGUGUUAUGGUCACAGAGGAGCUGUGCUCAUAAUGGGGGGUAUUACUCUCAAUGUGUGGGUAGCAGCUCUGCUAUACCAGCCUGUUUCGCAACAUAUGUUGAAAGUUUCGAAGAAUGCUACCCCUAGUGAUGAAAUUAAAGAAGAAGAGGAAGAAGAGGAGGAUGAGGCGAUUAUAGAAAUUAAACCGAAAUUUAUGAUCAGUGUGGAAGACAAUAGCUCAUCCAUGUAUCAUCUCCACGAAAAAGAGGCAUUUUUAGAAAAUACACCCGAGGUGCAUAACGGCUUUAUAAGGAGCGCAUCUAGUGCAGCGGUUCCAAACUAUAGAAGUUACGGCGGCGGACGAGAACGUAAAAUCACUGCGCACGCGAUACGCAAUGAACUAAAAUUCGGAAGUAGCGGACACCAAUCGGAUUCUCUUCCUUUGCAUGCCGUGCCCGAGGCAAAUAGGGCUAUGGCUAUUUAUUCGCAAAGUAGAUUCCCUAUCUCUAAAAGAAGUAAGCAGCGGAGUGUACCUCGAAGAAGUCCGUCCACAAGUUCGUUUCAGUACGUGUCCACACCAUUUCAUGGAAGUACCCUCACAUUACAACCGGAAACGUUUGCUAGCACCUUCAGUUUAAAAGCGGCGAGUUGCGUCCAAAAGCAAGAGGAACAGGAACUCGUUACAAAGCAAAAUACAUUUUUCGAUAUUUCAAUUUUAACUGACCCUUUAUACCUCGUAAUUCUAAUUUCGAACUCGACAAGUGCUAUUAGCAACACUAAUUUCAUCAUUUUAUUACCUUCAUAUGCACAAACCCUUGGAUUUAAUAAAACCCAAGGAGCCCUUUUACUCUCCAUCGUCUCUGCCUUGGACCUGGUCGGCCGUAUUGGAGGAUCCGCCUUAUCAGAUUUAGAUCUAAUGCCAAAAAAAUGGUACUUCAUCAGUGGAUUAUUUUUAUCGGGACUUGCAUUGUCCGUACUACCGCAAGCGGAGACCUUCACCGUACUGGGAGUAUUUUGUGGACUUUUCGGUUUGUCUUCGGGAGUGUAUGUUGGAGUAACUGCCGUGAUUAUGGCCGACUUGUUGGGAACCGAGCGUCUUCAAUCGUCGUACGGAAUAUCCCUAUUCGUGAAUGGAUUGCUACAAUUAGCAGGGCCACCUAUAAUAGGGUUGUGGUAUCAGUCAAUUAGUACGUAUGUGCCAAUUUUUACAUGGUUAGGUAUUGUUCUAGUGAUAGGAGCAUCCACUUGGCUGCUUGUUCCUUUCAUAAACAAAAGUAAGCGUCAUGUAGAACAGGAUGUGGUAGUUGAAUCGACGUAAUGGGUUUUAAGGAAGCAUUAAUUUUUUAUAACGACAUUGACAUAUACCACUACCUUUUUGUUGAGAAAGUCUUCCUCUGUAUUCAGUUACCUACUUUUUAUUUGCAGAAUUCAUUUUCAUAAUUUGUGUAAAAAUAUCUUCUUGCUAAAUGACUAAUUCAAAAAAAUCAGAGAUGGCUUGCCGCACAGGGAUUGGUUUUGUAGGUCUGGAACAAUUAUUUCUCUAACAUUCAUAUUCAAGCUAUGAAUAGCUCUCAAUAAGAAGAUCAAUUAGAAAACUCAUUGUUUAUUUAGAUUUUCUAAUAUUUAAGCUACUUUGUAUCUAAAAGACUUUAAACUGUAUAACGUAAUUAUACACACCUUUUUUAUGUAUUACAAUCUUUUAUAUGUCUGUUGUAUUCAUUCAUAGACAUUAUUCAUCUCGACAGUGCCUGUUUUAAUAUUAAAGAGACAUACCUUGCCUUU